CAACAGCGACGUGUAGAGUGUGUACGCCCAUGAGAGAUGAGGCGACCAAAGAAAGGGCACAGGCGAACUUCAUCUGAAAUCAGUGAUCAUUUCCAUCUUAUAAAUGAACAAGAAGUGGAUGAUAUAACACUAGAAUUCUUUUACAAGCCUCAUACUCUCACUCUAUUAUUUGGUGCUUUUUUCGCAACGCUGUUUUUUGCAUUUACUCGAACUAGUGAGGAUGACUCGGAACAGAAUAUCUGGAAUGGACUUUGCUGCGUGGCAUUUUUCUUUCUUCUCAUAAGUCUCCUUGCCUUUCCUAACGGACCAUUUACCAGACCUCAUCCAGCAGUAUGGAGAAUUGUAUUUGGAGUGAGUGUGAUGUAUUUACUAUUACUUGUGUUCAUGCUAUUUCAAAACUACUCGGCAGUGAUGAGAAUGAUUCGUUUUGCAUUCCCUGACCUACAAGCAUACCAGCCACUGGAGAAAGAGUAUGGAGCCAACUGCUCGGAUUUUAGCAUAGACCGGCUGUGGCAUCAGAUGGACUGGUUUGUAAUUAGUCAUUUCGUUGGUUGGGUCGUAAAAGCCAUGAUGCUGAGGCAUUAUGGGUUAUGUUGGGUCAUCAGUGUAACAUGGGAAAUAACAGAGGUUUUCUUUGCACAUUUGCUGCCCAAUUUUGCUGAAUGCUGGUGGGACUCCAUACUUAUGGAUAUCUUCUUCUGCAAUGCCCUUGGCAUCUGGGCUGGCAUGUCCAUCUGUAAGAAGCUUGAGAUCACAGAAUUCCAUUGGGAAAGCAUCAAGGAUAUUCGGUCUACCUCUGGUAAAAUCAGACGAGCUGUGUUGCAGUUCACGCCUGCAAGUUGGACUCAUGUUAGAUGGCUGGAUCCCAAUUCCUCCUAUAUGAGAAUUAUUGCAGUUUACAUCCUGGUCAUAGUUACUAUGGUUGCAGAGUUGAACACUUUCUUCUUCCGUCACGUCUUUGUUUAUCCGGACAGUCACAUCAUUGCAGUCAUCCGUAUCAUACUCAUUGUUCUAAUGGUGACACCAACACUAAGACAAUAUUAUACUUUUGUAACUGAUCCAGCCUGUAAACGAGUUGGAACUCAACUCUGGGUUUUUACUGCAGUGACGUUGAUUGAAGCCCUACUAUGCUUCAAAUUUGGAGUACACAUUUUUGCUAACACUGUCAUUCACAAAAUAUUGUUAUGGCUGGUUGUUUUGAUGGUAAUUACAAUGGUGUGUCUAUAUUUUAUGGUGCUGUAUGCAAGACGAUGCCAGCCUGAUGAUCCAAAAAAAAAAAGCCCAAGAAAGAUUCGUAGCUGGUUAAAAUCUCCUAUCAACGGUGUAGAAUCUUGGUUGCAGGAGGGAUCCAAUGGGACGACAGAAUGCAGCCAUCCAUAUAAUAUGCGUAAACGUGUUGUAAAGACCACAGCUAAUGGUCUGUAGUUUUUAAAUAAAUGUGGAAUACUGCUGCCUGUGUGACACCAUUGGUUUGUUGUCACUACACUAAGUACAGUAGUUCUGCUCAAAGAAUGCUAAUACAGUAUUACGGGCAUUGAGAUGAAUUUCUCUGGGCCUGAGCCUGUCAGAGAUGGGAAAAAAACUCUUUAUUCUUAUCAAGGGACAAAUUUGGAGGGGGGGGGGGAUGUCACAAAGAUUAAAGAAAUUGUCAAAUAGGCGAAAAAAAUGUCACCAAAAUCUCUUACGCCCAGGUAGUAAAAAUGGUAGAAACAGUGAUCUGGAACAACGUGCUACUCUGUAAAAAUGAAAACAAAGCAAAAACAGCUGUCACUCGUACACCUAACACUAAGCUUUACAUUGUAAGAGGUACAUGCAAGAUCCUACAGUUUCAAAAUAACCAGUUGUUACUUAUUUAUUCAGUGGUAUACCUGUACAUGCACGUAUACCAUGUAAAUGAAUCCCUGUACUUGUAUGGUGGCUAGCAGUUGAACCCAAGUAUACCAAUAUAUCUUCUCUCAUUUAUAUAUCUAUCAUUUCAUUGAGGGUAUGCUGCAGUUUCACUCAUUAUACACGGCCUGCGUAUUGUUGAUACUGUAUUCAGGCACGGCUGAGAUAUGCACUCAUGGAGUGACUGCUCUAGUUAAUAUUGUUGUUAUUAUUACUGUUGUUAUUCUUAAUAUUGUUAUUAAUAUUUAGAAUAAGGACAGUAAUAAUAACAAUAAUAACUAGAGCAGUCAUUAUUCUUAAUAUUGUUAUUGAUAUUGUUAUUGUUUUAUUAUUCUUGGCUGUUAGUGUUAUUGUUAUAAUUGUUAAUUAUUGUAUUAGUCCAAACAAGUACAAUUCUUGUAUUGCCAUGAACAUAUUGCAAGUAACAUAUGAAUAUCUGGCACGAUCUUUGAACAUAUUUAUUUUUUGACUGCUGUUUGUAACUCCAAGCGUUUUGUUGUUAUAUCUUCAUUCGUACUUGUAUUCAGUAAGUAAUUGGUUGAUACUCAUAUUCAUUAUAGCUUGAUAAAGUGAAUCCAUAUACGUAUACUGUGAGUUUAUACAAACAAAACCUGGACAGUCACAAGUAAAUAUUUUCAAAAAAUAAUAAUUAAGAUGGUAUGAUUGCUGUAUCAUUCACCAGAACAUGUUUAACUACAUUUAAAACCAAAAGUUAUAUGUGCAAUAUGUUUAGACUGGUUGCUAACUGUUCACUAAGUGUGCAGUCAUCCUAUGCUAUUGGAGGGUGCAUACUAAUGUCCAAGGCUGUUUUUUCAGUAGUGCUAAUACCUGAGACAACUAUAAUAAUUAUAUAGUUGUCUCAGCUUAUACUAAUACCUCAAUUUCAAUUGCUCAAUUAACAAAAAUAAUUAAACCCAAUAAUUUAAAGAAGCCAAUUAAAUACAUUUUCUCAGUAGUGCUACUGAUACCUCAAUUUUAGUUGCUCAAUUGACAAAAAAACUAUUAAACCCAAUAAUUUAUAAAAGCUAAUUAAAUACAUUUUUUAAAAACCUUUGUCCAGUUCCAUGGGAACAUGUCUCAUAUACAUACAUUCAAAAGACUACUAAUUUUCAACGCCAAAGAUUACCAUAGCGAGUCUGGAAAUAUUUUAUGAGUUUAUUAAAAAUAUAAAAAGCAAAUGGAAAAAUUAGGAACUAGUAUAUUUUACUUCCAUGUUGACUGAACAAAUUUGAAUGUUAAAAAAUAGAUACAUUAGUAUUGCUACUAAAGUUUGGUUCUGUUUUGAUGUACAAAUGCUGCCCUGUCUAUGUAUGAAUUAUGUAGAAUGCUAUAUAGUUUAUAUAGCUUUUUUUUACAUUCUUUGUGUUUGUGGAUAAAAAGUGUUUCUACAAAAACUUUUUUUUUUCAACUUAAAACUGUAACUGCUGUUUUCAUAAUAUUCUUCCAUACUGUAUCUGUAUUUAAAGACAUUGAUACAGUGAUGUUUGUUAAUUUAAUUUGUUUACUAAAGUGAAAUAUAGAAGCAUGUUUAAAGAUUAUCAACAAAAAUCGAACUGAUGUUAGAUUGUUUUAUUCAACUUAAUAUUUAGAUACAGCAUGCUUAAUUAUUUGUUCUUUUUUUACAUUAAACAAAAAAACACAUUUCAAUCUAUCAGAAAAGUAAAAUAAGAAUACAGUGUAAAUAUAUCAUUGGAUUUGCUGUUUAAAUGAAUGUGUGUAUUUGUUGGUAUUAACCUUGACUUAUUACUCUAUACAUUAUGCUGCCCUUAAUAUUUAAACUGUAGUUGAAAAUAUUCAUUUGGUUUGUAGAUGCAAUGAGAAAAAUUUUCUAUUUUAACAAAUCAGUUAAUUUGAACUGAUCUUUACUGACAGUUUUGAUGUUCAUUCCACGGAUAUCAUCUUUAGAUUGACGACUAUUGUUAAGGAAAACGCACACCAAUAUGUGGCGGUCACUUAACAAUAGUGUUGUAUACAUCCCGAGUCUAUACGACCCUAUUGUUACCAGCAUAUAUUACGUUUAUAUGACCGCCGUACAACACAUCGAGUGUCGGACUUUAGACUAUCAAUGAACAAUUUAGGGCAAACUAUAUUUUCAGGUCCCAGAGGGGGUCUUGGAUGGACGGUAAACUGUUACAAUUGUAUGAAUUCACUAAUUUAUUAUUUUUUUCAUUGUGUAAAUAGAUUUGAUUAUGGUAAAAGAAAAUAAUCAUAUAUAGUUUGGCCUCCAAUUGAAACUGAAAACAUGGGAUUUUCUUGGGGUUUGGUUUCUAAUAAGAUUCAAGAUUAUUGAUACUGUACAGUAAAAGAAGUGGUCUUAAAUUAAGAAGGGUCUUAGAAUUAAAGGGGUCGCAAAUUGGAGAGCAAAUAAUAUAACAACUAUAGUAUACUUUCCUUUAAUUACCAACUACAGUAUGUACGUAUUACACUUUUGCAUAGAAAUAACAUAAACCAUAAUGGUGCUGAAAACCUACAAGCCUAUUUCUCAAUUGGUUUGCAUCUAAAUAAUCCAUCCACAUGACAGUUUAAAAUAAGCCCACUGCCAUGUGAUGCUCUCAUUCAUGCAGCAUGUACAUAGCGUCAUACUUUAUACAUAUGUGUGUCUGCAACAUCAACUAUUAUAUUAUCUUUACUAUUGUUAUUAGUUAGGUCUGUGUUAUUUUUAGUACUGAAUUAUUAUAUGCUAUUAAAUGUAAUGCAUUGUGGUAAAUGUCUUCAAGGUACUGUAUGUAUUAACACAAAUGGUGCAAAUGAAUGUUGGUUAAACAUGGAUGUAUAAUUUCUAUACCCCAAAUGUUAAAUAAACUUUUAGACAUUCAAGGAUGGAAAGUAAAUUUUUAAAGAAUGUUUACUUUUUUUAAAUUGAUUAUAAUACAAAUUGUACAAAUUAGGUUUGCUAGGCUCAGGGAUAGUGAUUGCCUCUGUUAAUCAGUAAUUUAUCUUUAUGUAUUCCAAAAUCUUACAAUAAAACAUUGUUACAAAAUA